AUGGGCGUCGAUUUCACCGUAUUCAAGGGCUCCAAGACCGGCGACAUUGUCGAAGCCACCGGCCACAGAGACCCUCGUCCCACCGAAGUCAUUGUCAAGAUCUCCCACUGCGGUGUCUGCGGAACAGACGAGCACUUCCUCCACCAGGAGCAAGGACUCGGGCACGAAGGCGUCGGCAUCAUCACCGAGCUUGGAUCCGCUGUAAAUGAGGUUUCCAACUUCAAAGUCGGCGAUCGUGUUGGCAUGGGGUGGUUUUACAAGUUCUGCGGUACCUGCAAGAACUGCCUGACUGGCCACCAGAAUAGCUGCGUCGCUCCCCAGUUCUUUGGAACCGCCAACCACGACCAAGGCUGCUUCGGCACCUCUGUUGCAUGGGACGUCUCCGCCCUGUUCAAGAUUCCCGACGAAAUCGCCUCUGAAGAUGCCGGCCCGCUGAUGUGCGGCGGCGCAACUGUAUUCAGUCCUCUUCACACGUCUGGCGUUCGCCCCGGCGACCGAGUUGGCAUCAUUGGUGUUGGCGGUCUUGGCCACUUGGCUAUUCAGUUUGCAUCCAAGAUGGGCAUGGAGGCCGUUGUCUUUUCUAGCUCAGAGUCCAAAAAGGAAGAGGCCUUGCGAUUUGGCGCUUCCGAGUUUUACACGCCGGCCGACUUGGCUCAUCCAGAGAAGAUUGACAAGGUGGACAUUUUGCUCAUCACGUCGAGUGUUUUGCCAGACUUGAGCACAUACUAUCCUGUCCUCGCUCGACGAUCCCAGAUCUAUCCCCUGACGGUUAGCAUGGAGCCCAUGAAUGUCACGCCCAUGGCAAUGAUCAUGUAUGGCAUCACAAUUGUCGGAUCCGGAGUGGCUAGCGCUGGUACACAGCAGGCCAUGUUGGCAUUUGCUGCCAAGCACGGAAUCAAGCCGCAGAUUGAAAAGUUUCCUCUGACAAAGGACGGUGUUGUUGAUGCGAUGGCGCGGCUGCGAGAUGGCAAGAUGCGGUAUCGUGGUGUCCUGGUUGCGCCGCAGUGA